AACCAUUACAGAAAUAUACUAAUAAUAGAUUAAGACUGAUUGGAAUUUUAAUUACAAAAUUUAUGCUUUAAUUAUAUUUUGGAUAUAUACUCGACGCAAUACAGGGUGUUGUAUCAAGAACGUAUAUGUGAAGAAUGUAUAGUUUAGUAAUGAUAGAAGGACAUGACUUUAUCUAUUAACAUUUUAUUGCUCUAUAUGGAUAUUGAAUAUAAAAAUACACAUGUUAUUUGUUUACAUAAAUAUAGCAUAUACAUCUUACAUAGUUAUAUAGUACGUAGGAAAUUAUUAUAAAAUUUGUGGGAAUGGGCAAUUGUUUGUGUAAAGACUCUCUAGAAGAUCUUGAAAUAUAUAAUGAACAUCACAAUCAUCCAGAAUCUGAAAAUACUAUAUUAUCACAAGCAAAUGUAAGCACGGUUGUAUCUGGCGAUACAACAUCGCCAACUUUCAAAUUUCCAACAUCUACUGCUAUUGACAUGCUUGUUUUGGAAACACUUGGAGUUAUUGGAUCUCUGGUUGAUAAUGAACAAGAACCUCCACCUGCCAUGUUAAAAUUACAUGCCAUUGCAGAUAAGGAGGAUGGUUGGAUACAAGUAGUCAGUUCUAUGAUAAACGUUAUUCCUAUGCACAAUCCAUUAGGCCCUUCUGUUAUUACUUUAUUGUUAGAUGAUGGACCUUUGCCUUCAAAAGAUUCUGUUUUACGUUUAUCACAUAUGUUUCAAUUAUCUCAAAGAUUUGGAAAAAUACAAACCAGUGCAACACAACAGCGAAAUAUUUGUGUUGUAUUAGGCUGUAUUGCAGAAAAGUUGGCUGGUCCUAGUAGUAUAGCAAUAUUAUCAGAUGCUACAUUAGACUAUCUUAUUUCAAACCUUAGAGAUGAUAUUGAACCUUAUGUGGUACUAUAUUCUUUAAUAGCUUUAGAAAAAUUUGCCCAAACAAGUGAAAAUAAAAUAACAAUUAAGAAACGUCUUAUAGCAGAAAAACAAAAUCCUUUAUUAGAACUGGAAAAAUGGGCCACAGAGUUUCACUAUGUAAAACGUCAAGUUGGUUUCUGUGCACAGUGGUGUCUGGAUAAUUUAUUUUUAAUGGAAGGUAGAAAUUAUUCUCAUGAUGCAGUCGAUAUGACUGGUAUUAAUGUUAUGCUAAAUACAAAGGAUGUAAGCGAGUACCUGAAAAUAUCACCAAAUGGUUUAGAGGCCCGCUGUGAUGCAUAUUCAUUUGAAAGUGUAAGGUGUACAUUUCAAGUAGAUUCAGGAAUUUGGUAUUACGAAACACUCAUAAUUACUACAGGAGUAAUGCAAAUUGGUUGGGCUACAAAAGAUAGUACCUUCUUAAAUCAUGAAGGUUAUGGUAUAGGAGAUGAUGAAUUUUCAUUAGCUUGUGAUGGCUGUCGAAGACUGAUUUGGUAUAAUGCUAGAAGUGAGAAAUAUUACGAUAGACCUUGUUGGAAAGCUGGAGAUAUCUUAGGUUGUUUGUUGGAUUUAAACAAACAAGAAAUAAUAUUUUCUAUAAAUGGAGUACCAUUGAAACCAUGUACUCAAGUUUUCAAGACUGUGAAGUCUGGAUUCUUUGCAGCAGCUAGUUUCAUGUCAUUCCAACAAUGUGUUUUUAAUUUUGGAAAUGUAUCCUUUCAAUAUCCUCCUACUGAUAGGGAAUAUCAGACAUUUAACGAUCACGCUUCAUUAAAUCCAGAAGACAAAGUUGUGCUGCCCAGACAUAUAUAUGUAGAUCGUUUGAGAAGACUUAGUGUUAGGGAAGACUCGUGCACUCUAUGUUUUGAUCAGAAAGCUUCAAUAAGGUUACUACCAUGUAAUCAUAGAGGCUUUUGUCAAACGUGUUCAAAACAAUUGGUUGAAUGCCCUAUGUGUAGAGCUACGAUCGAUGAAAUGGUUUUAGAUGGUAUAUGACACUUACCAAGCAAAUUCAUAUUUGUUAAAAAGAUACUUUUAUUAUAUUUGUUAUAUCACUUCACGCUCAGACGAUAUUGGAAGAUACUUACGAAGAUAGAAGAUUAUUUGUCUCUAUUAACGUAUAGUCUCUUUUGUUCCUACCAUAAACAUUGGGUUUAUUCAACGUUUAAAAUAAACGACAUGCACUUACACGUAUACACGUACGUAUGAAACAGAUUAUGCGAAAUAGUAAUGAUGCCAUGAUGGAAUAGAUAAAGAUGUAAGGUGAAGUUAAAUGUAAUACGGAGUAAAGAAAAAUUGGUCUGAACAAUUCAAUCUAAUGAGAUUUACUAUAUGUGGAAUACAGUCGUGAUAUUAUAUACAA